AUGGCGCCGUACAGCAAACUGUUUCACUGUGCAAUAUGGGGAACGGUUGCAAUGGGAGCACUAGCAUGGAUCCCGCCCCAUCCUGAAUCCAAGGAGGAAUGGGAGUCUGUUCAUGACAUGAGAAGACGGCUUGGAAUCUCUUAUAACUACACCCCCCAGCAAUUGCAUCCAGAAAUGUGCCGCUUUCUGUCAGAAGAAGAUUGUAUUGACCAUGAUGAAGCUAUGGGACAGCAUGUGCAGUCACACAGGAGAAUCCAACAACAAGUGAGAUUGAGUCCAAAACUGGGAAAGAUUAAUGUCCUUGUUGUGUUGGCAAGAUUCACAGAUCACACUGACAGGGAUAUGAUCCCUGUGCGAGACAUCCGAGACUUUUGGCUCGUCAAUAUGAGAGAUUGGUUCCGAGCCAAUUCACAGGGUCGCUAUGAUAUUGAACCCACAGUCAUUGACUGGCAAACAACAGACAACACAGAAGUGUACUAUUCCAUGGGGAAAAGAGGGAUUGUGCCAGAAUCACAACAAAUCGCAUGGCCAAUCCUUGAUGAGCUAGAUGCGAGACCGGGUUGGGACUGGAGCAAGUUUGAUGCAGAUGGCAAUGGAGAAAUUGAUUCGUUUGUCAUCAUGCACAGUGGCUACGGAGCAGAGACUUUUGAAACAGACUGCUAUGGAACAACCUAUGAAAACAGAAUAUGGGCUCAUGCUUUCAGUGCUUCAAGGAGGGGGGAUUCCUGGUUCUCAGCAGACAGGAAAAUUCGACUCAAUGCAUACACAGUGUCCUCGGCGUUCGACGCUGAGUGUGGGACAGUGCCAGCAAAAAUUGGCCUGACAGCACAUGAGUACAUGCACACUCUAGGACUUGAGGAUCUCUAUGAUGGUGUUGAUGCUUUGGCUGCAUCAGGUGUUGGUGCCUUUGACAUCAUGGCUUUUCCGUUAAGUCCAGCUGAUGAUGCAAAUAAUCCUGGUCAUCUAUCCCCUUGGAGCAAGGUGCUGGCAGAUUGGCUAGAACCAGUAGAAAUCACCAGUAAUGGCAUGUACAACUUGAAGGCUGCAGAAUUAUCAGAUGAAGCAUAUAGGAUCAAUCUCAAUGAUUUUGGAUCUCAAUCAGAAUAUUUGUUGAUUGAGAAUAGGCAGCCACUGUUGUUUGACAUCCACAUUUGGGGAGCUGGUCUUGUUAUUUACCAUAUUGAUGACGCAGCGCCAUUGCAAAUGAACCGGGGAUAUCCAGGUCAACCUGGCUGGCCACAAAACGGAAAUCACUAUCAGGUUGCAGUACUUCAAAAGGAUGGCAAUUACGAUCUCGAACAGGGAGAGAACAGUGGAGAUGCUGGUGACAUGUGGCUUCCAGGUGAUAAACUUGGUCCUGGAAUGGGAGGGACUGUCUAUCCAAAUACUGACACAUAUCAAGGUGGCAUUAUUAUGGAGACUGGUUUGACCAUCGAGGUCCUGAGACAGGAAGGCACUGAUGUGACCUUUCGGAUAGGUGGUCUCGAUGAGGUUGAAAGCGUCCCUAGCCCUACUGCUUCCCCCACUCGAGCCGUCGCCUCUGAGACCCCAAACCCAACAGAACAGAGCGUUGAAACACCUGUUCCUGCCACUCCCGAGUCUCCUGAAACCCUUCCGCCUACACCAACGCCUCCUUUGGGAUCAGUAACAACCCAACCAACUGAAACUCCAUAUCUUGAUCAAUUCAGACCUUACGCAGAACGUCCAACCAUAGCACCGCCAAGCACAGAACGACCGACCAUACCGGUAGCACCGCCAAGCACAGAACGACCUGGCACAGAACGACCAAGCACACCAUAUUUGUCAAGCUUCGGGUCGGCUCUCGAAAUCGUAGCAACGCCACGGCCCCAGCCAGCAAAUGGACUUCCUCAACCAUCAGAAUCACCUCCACCCCAAUCGUCGUUUCUUUCCACAUUUGACGUUUUUGCAAACUUGCGAGACGGUGGGAACGGAUCGUACACAAAAGAUACACAGGACACCAGCUUCAUAUUCACAAACUACGCAUCCGUAACGCGAACUUCCGGUGGUAAAGACAAACCUUCCGAAGAUAGCAAGGGCGGAGAAAGAAUGGGCAAAGAGCCCUUGGCGUCCACCGCAAUUGAUGCCCAUGAAACAGAUACGCAGGCCGAACAAACCACUGCUUUUGAGUCAACGAAAGAGAUCCAAGGUAUGAGCUCGUCAUCAAGGAGGAUGCGUGGUGGUGAGGCAGCAUGCACGGCGGCUUGGGUGAGCACAGUCACCUUUGCCUUCAUUCACCUCGUGGCUUAGAGAGGCUGAAGCGAAACCGCCCAGAAUUGAAUCCUUGACAGACGUGCGAUGUGACAACUUUUGAUUUUCAAUCCAUACAAUAAUCAAGUGUUCAUAGCUCGUACACUGUGUGAGGUGGAACAAAGGUGCUCUCAAAACUUGUUCUGACUGAGCGCAAGAGUACAGUACUACAAAGUGGUAAAGAGAUGUUGCCGAUGAAGACCAACACAGCGUGUGAUAAGGUUGGUAACAGAUAGGCAUAAUAAUCUGAACUUUUGCAAAGAAGGCGUCCUGAUAGCAUUACGAAUGGAGUUGAGUAUAUGUCACUUCUAAUUAUAGAUGUCAACUCUCCAACCGGAUGGCUGUCCAUGCAAGUUGGCAGGGUCAACUCCCCAGGAUUAGGCGGACUGCGUGUUG